GUAUCGCACGCAUUCACUGCUUAUCCUACGCACUCUCUUCGACCUUCUUUUACAGUUCGUUCAAGCUCUCAAGUCUCAGUCUCUAUGAGUACUCAUCAUCAUCAACAACAACAUCAUCAUCAUCAUCAUCAAGGCCAUCCUUUUGUACCAGAGCUUUUGGCAGUUGCUACUUGCUGGUGCUCCCUAUGACACAUUAGAGGAAGUUAUAGGAAAGAGGGACUCUCAUGGACUGGGUUUCUUGAAAGAUUUUGGAGUGAAUUGUUGAGAAGCUCUGUCUCAACUAUGAAAUUUCUGAAUUUCAAAAUUCCUCAUUCUUUGUCUCUGUUAUCCCCUAGAAGAACUUACGCAUUUUCCUCUCAAAAGACCCAGCUAAACAAACACCCUCUUUCUCACAAAACCUUCUUCCAAUCCAAUACCAAGGACUCACUCAUAUCCCACUUAUGUGACCAAAAGCGCUUAAGAGAAGCUGUACAGUUGCUUAGUCAAAUAGACCAACCGCCCUCUGCUUCGAUAUAUUCGAAUCUCAUUCAACUUUGUGCCCAGCAUCGUGCUCUUGAAGAGGGCAAGAAGGUUCAUGCUCACACUAAAGUUUCCGGGUUUGUUCCCGGGGUUUUCAUUUGUAAUCGUUUUCUUGAUAUGUAUGUGAAAUGUGGGAGUUUGAGGGAUGCCCAGAAAGUGUUUGAUGAAAUGCGUGAAAGGGAUUUGUGUUCUUGGAACACUAUGAUAUCUGGGUAUGCAAAAGUGGGGAAGCUUGAUGAAGCUAGAAACUUGUUUGAUGAAAUGCCAGAAAGAGAUAAUUUUUCGUGGACUGCUAUGAUAUCGGGGUAUGUUCACCAUGCUCGACCUAAAGAGGCUUUGGAAUUGUAUAGAAUGAUGUUAAGACAUGAGAAUUCAAAAUCAAAUAAGUUCACGGUAACUAGUGCUCUUGCGGCCUCAGCAGCGAUUCCAAAUUUACGUAUGGGAAAAGAGAUUCAUGGAAAUAUAGUGCGGAUUGGAUUGGACUCGGAUGAAGUGGUUUGGAGUGCUUUAUCAGAUAUGUAUGGGAAAUGCGGGAGUAUUGAGGAGGCUAGGCACAUUUUUGACAAGAUGGUAGAUAAGGAUGUUGUUUCUUGGACAGCAAUGAUUGAUAAAUAUUUUGAGGAUGGGAGGAGGGAAAAGGGAUUUGAUUUGUUCUCAGAGUUUAUGAGAUCGGGGAUUAGGCCUAAUGAUUUUACGUUUGCUGGGGUUUUAAAUGCUUGUGCUGAUCAUGCUGCAGAGGACCUGGGCAAGCAGGUUCAUGGUUACAUGACUCGGAUAGGGUUUGAUCCCUUUUCAUUUGCAGCAAGUGCUCUUGUUCAUAUGUAUUCAAAGUGUGGGAACAUUGAGGAUGCAAAAAGGGUAUUUAAAGGGAUGCCUCGACCAGAUUUAGUUUCAUGGACUUCCUUGAUUGUUGGAUAUGCUCAAAAUGGUCAACCAAAUGAGGCUCUUAAAUUGUUUGAAUUGCUUCUCAAAUCAGGUACUCAGCCUGACCACAUUACUUUUGUUGGGGUUCUUUCUGCUUGUACCCAUGCUGGAUUAGUUGAUAAAGGACUUGAAUAUUUCCACUCAAUAAAGGAAAAACAUGGAUUAAAACAUACAGCAGAUCAUUAUGCUUGUAUAAUUGAUUUAUUGGCCCGAGCUGGCCGGUUUGGAGAAGCUGAGAAUAUUAUUGACAAAAUGCCCAUGAAGCCUGAUAAAUUCUUGUGGGCUUCCUUACUUGGUGGUUGUAGAAUUCAUAGAAACCUUGAGUUGGCAAAGCGAGCAGCAGAAGCAUUAUUUGAGAUAGAGCCUGAGAAUCCAGCUACCUAUGUUACCCUGGCCAACAUUUAUGCUACUGCUGGUAUGUGGGGUGAGGUGGCAAAGGUUAGAAAAGCUAUGGAUGACAAAGGGGUGGUAAAGAAACCAGGUUUGAGUUGGAUUGAGAUUAAGAGAGAAAAACAUGAAUUCUUAGUUGGGGAUAAGUCCCACCCAAAAUCAUAUGAUAUACAUAACUUUUUAGGGGAGUUGUCAAAGCAGAUGAAGGAAAAAGGAUAUGUCCCUGACACAAAUUUUGUAUUACAUGAUGUUGAGGAGGAGCAAAAAGAACAAAAUCUCUCCUACCACAGUGAGAAGCUUGCAGUUGCAUUUGGAAUCAUUUCAACUCCACCAGGAACGACAAUCAGGGUUUUCAAGAAUUUAAGAACUUGUGUAGAUUGCCACACUGCCAUUAAAUUUAUUUCAAAGAUUGUUCAAAGGAAAAUAAUAGUAAGGGAUUCAAAUCGGUUCCAUUAUUUUGAGGAUGGGAGUUGUUCGUGUGGAGACUAUUGGUAAUUUCAGCCAACUAAAGAUCCAUGGCACAUUUAUAGAUGAUAAGAGGAACAAUGUUCCUAUGAUCUGUGUAUCUUCCAGAAAUAAUGCUGGAUUCAUUUAUUAGGGGUGUUUGUGAUAUAUCUCUUCCCACACCGCCCCGUCACUCCUUUUUUUAAAAAAAAAAAAUUUGCGGCAUCAUGAUAGUGUUGGAAGUUGUCCAUUGCUGGACGUUUUGAGUGUUUAGAUCAAUGGAUCAAGGGACCCAUUUUUAUGUGUGUAUUAAAUGUUUAGAUCAAGGAAAAACAUUUGUACUGUUCUCCUUUU